UCGGGCGUGUCCCUCUCUCUGUCCCCCCCUCCCCUCCUUCUCCAGGCCCUGGGUGUCCCCCCCACCCCCCCGCCAUGGCCCCCCGCUCCCUGCUGGCUCUUGUCGCCUCCCUGCUGCUCCUCGGUGUCACCGUUGUCACCGCCGCCACCGCCCCGGGGUCCUCGUGGAGCGCCGUGCCCCGAAAAACCGUCCCCUACUCAGAGCUGCAGGACGCGGCCAAGAGGUUCUGGCAGGGGGGGGUCUCUCACUACCUGACGCUGACGCUGGACGAGGCCGAGGGGCUGCUCUACGUGGGUGCCCGGGAGGCCGUCUUCGCCCUGGUCACCGGCACCGUGGAGCUCAAGGCGGCGAUCUCCUGGGAAGCCCCCGUCGACAAGAAAGCCGAGUGCAUCCAGAAGGGCAAGAACAACCAGACCGACUGCUUCAACUACGUGCGCUUCCUGCAGAGCUACAACAGCUCCCACCUCUAUGCCUGUGGCACCUACGCCUUCCAGCCCAAGUGCACCUACAUUGAACUCUCUGGCUUCACCCUGGACCAAGUGGCAUUUGAGGACGGCAAGGGGAAGUGUCCCUACGACCCCACCAAGGGACACACGGGCCUCAUCGUGGAUGGGGAGCUUUACUCCGCCACCUUCAACAACUUCCUGGGCACGGAGCCCGUCAUCCUCCGCAACCUGGGUCCCCACUACUCCAUGAAGACGGAAUAUCUCACCUCCUGGCUCAACGAGCCCCACUUCGUGGCCUCAGCCUACGUGCAGGAGAGCACGGCCAGCAGCACGGGGGACGAUGACAAAGUUUACUUCUUCUUCAGCGAGCGGGCGGUGGAGUACGACUGCUACGCCGAGCAGGUGGUGGCCCGGGUGGCCCGGGUCUGCAAGGGGGACGUCGGGGGUGCCCGCACGCUGCAGAAGAAGUGGACGACGUUCCUGAAGGCUCGUUUGGUGUGUGCAGCCCCUGAGCAGCAGCUCCACUUCAACCGCCUCCAGGCCGUCUUCACCCUCCCGGGGGACAGCUGGCAGGACACCACCUUUUUCGGGGUCUUCCAGGCUCGUUGGGGGGACGUGGACGUCUCGGCCAUUUGCCGCUACCACAUCCUGGAGGUGAAGAAGGCGUUCGAGGGGCCCUACAAGGAGUACCGGGAGCAGGCCCAGAAGUGGGGCCGCUACUCAGAUGAGGUGCCCAGCCCCCGGCCUGGCGCGUGCAUCACCGACUGGCACCGUCGGAACGGCUUCGCCAGCUCCCUGGAGCUGCCCGACAACACACUCAACUUUGCCAAGAAGCACCCGCUGAUGGAUGAGCCCAUCCUGCCCCACCACGGCCGCCCCCUGCUCCUCAAGAAGGACGCCAACUUCACCCAGCUGGUGGUGGACCGGGUGGCCGGGCUGGAUGGCACCAUCUACGAGGUGCUCUUCAUCGGCACAGGUGAUGGCUGGGUGCACAAGGCGCUGAGCUUGGGCUCUGGUGUCCACCUGGUGGAGGAGCUGCAGGUCUUCGAGCCGGCACAGCCCGUGGAGAGCCUCGUCCUGGCCGGGCGGAAGAAGCUGCUCUUUGCCGGCUCCCGGUUCCAGGUGGCCCAGUUGCCCUUGGCUGACUGUGGCCGUUACCAGUCCUGCCCAGACUGCGUCCUGGCCCGGGACCCCUACUGCGCCUGGAGCCGCAACGUCAGCCUCUGCGUCCGCACCGACGGCCUCAACAGCUCCCACCUGGUCCAGGAUGUGCUGAGCUCCGACACCCGCGCCUGCAGCCUGCCGCAGCUGGCCAAGCAAGGUCCCAUCACCCCUAAAAAUGUGACGGUGGUGGCGGGCACCGACCUGGUGCUGACGUGUCGCUUGGGCUCCAACCUGGCCCGGGCUCUUUGGACCUUCGAGGGGCGGGCGGUGGCGGGGGAGCAGGCGCUGGUGCUGAGCGACAGCCGCUUGCGGGCCCUGGUGGUGCCGGGGGCCGGGGCCCAGCACAGCGGCACGUACCGGUGCUUGGCGGAGGAGGGAGGAGCCCGGCUGGGGGCUGAGGUGUACCGGGUGGCCGUGCUGGCCGGGCCCGGGGUGCCGCUGGAGACGCGGGCGCCGCUGGAGAGCCUGGGGCUGGUGUGGGUGGUGGCGGUGUGCCUGGGGGCCCUCUGCCUGGUGCUGCUGCUCGUGGUCUUCACCCUUUGGAGGCGGCUGAGAGAAGAGCUCGGCAAAGGCACCAAAGCCAUCGAGAGCACCUUGGUGUACCCCAUCGAGCUGCCCAAGGAGCCCCCCAGUCCCCGCUUCGUCCCCAGCGCCGGUUCCGACUCGGACGAGAAGCUCUGGGACCCGGCCAGUUACUACUACUCGGACGGCUCGCUGAAGAUCGUUCCGGGUCACGCCAGCUGCCGCAACGGGGGCCCUCCCGGCGGCACCUCGCCUCCCACCGCCAUCCCCGGGCAGCCCCUCCACUCGCCCACCCGCAUCCACCUGGGUCCCUUGCGGGGUUCCACGUCCAACGGGUACAUCCGCCUGGCCCUGGGCGCCGAGGAGCGCCCGCCCUGCGCCGACCUGGCCGAGGAGCUGAGGCGGAAACUCCAGCAGCGUCAGCCCCUGCCCGACUCCAACCCCGAGGAGUCCUCGGUGUGAGCCGCCCUGCCGAGCAGCCCCAACUACCUCAGGGACCGGCACCCACCGCCCCGCCACCGGCGCCCGACUUGGGGGCUGCGGCCUGGGCGCCGAGACCCCCGCGGCGGGGAUGCCGGGAUUUGUCGGGCGCCCGGCUCGGGGACCGCCACGUUGCCCCCCGUGGGGGGCACCCGGCCACGCUGUCCCCCACCACCGUUUUUGGGGACCACUGCCAGCCCCGGCACCCGCCUUGGGGCCGCGGCCCCGGUGCGUGUCACGCGUUGGGGGCACAGAGCUGCUCUGCGGAACCGCUUUCGGUACCGGCUGGGACCCGGUUCGGGGUCUGCCACCGGCCUUGUGGGGGAACCACUGAGCCCCCCCAUACCCCCGGGCACCGCGCUCCGCCGCGGGCAGUGACCGCAGGAUGGGUUUUUUUGGGAUGAUUUAAGAACCGAUCGGGUUUUUCUUCCUGAGAAUUUUUCUAUGCCCCCUCCUCAUCCCCCCCCACCCCCCAACCCACCCUUCCCAGGGCUCCGUACCCCUCCUCAGCCCUGGAUGUAAAUAUCCCCCCCCCCAGCCCCCUGCCUGCCACCCCUUCCCCCCCUGC